AUGGAGGAAGACACCGUGAAAUACUUUGCGGAAAUGUUCAAGAAAUGGGGCAUAUCCAGCAACAGCACGGAGGCUGAGCCACCUAAGCCUUCAUGCGAUAUGUAUGCCUAUGGAGCUGAUGCCGAAUGCAUGGAGCUGUUUGCGGCCUCCUUCUGCGAUAACGUAAAAGGGGACAAGAACAAGGCAGUCUCAAGAAACCUCACUUACGAUGAUGUUGUUGGAGAUGCCAAGAGGGCCGUCGCCACUGGUGCAAAGAGAAGAAGCCUUUGGCGUCGACAAUCGAAAUGCUUGUCUCAUGAAUUCGACUUUGAAUGGACUGGCGGUGAUGGCUCCUGCGACCUCUCUUGCUCCAAAGCAUACUCGCAGCUUCAAAGCCAGUGCCACAGGUCACUUUACUUUGCUGGGUUGGCUAAAAAAGGGAGCAUAGACAAAGGCUGCGGCACAUACAGCUAUGGCGUCUCCAAGAAAGCUGACUCUGCCAGCACCACGCUACCCUCGGCGACUUCCCAGGCCAAGACAAAGACAGCAGAUCCAAAGCCCAUAACUACGGACGUAAAGUUCGAGAUCCACAAUCUGCAGUGCAAUAACGAGGACGACUUUCGGGGCCAUGUCGACAUUUCAAGCGGCGCUGCUUAUGACGUGAUCUUUGACGCGUGCACACACUCCGACAAAGAGAAUUUAUACAUGACACCUGAAUCGGAACCGUAUGUGAAGGAAUUCAAGGACACUGACAGUCACAAGCACCGUGUGACCUGGUCUUGGAUCGACGGGUGCAGUAUGAAGAACGAGAAGGUCAACGUCUAG